CUCGCUUGAUCUGGUCACACUGCUGACGGCCAUACUUGAAAAUACAUUUUUUUCUGCAAAGUUUGUCAUUGUCACUGUGUGAAUGGAAUCUGUGAUGCGUUGUGGAAUUAAAAGCGUGCAGUAAACGACCCGUAAUGGUUCAAGUGCCCAACGCGUCGGCGAAUGCAGUGCGAAUUACUAUGAAUUGAUACGAAAGUUGCAUAACACGUCGCCUGGUGUCGCGGUCAGUGUGUUUUUCGUCUCGUUUUCGUUUCCGCCGCAGUCGCAAUUUCCAGAAAACCUCACCACACCACACCACCACCAUCGCGACCACGCACACACACACACUCGCAAAGUGAGAGACGCGGCGGCGGAAAAAGUGUGCGGACCGUGGAUAUAGCCCCUCAUUCCGAACCCGAAUUGGAGUACACCGAAAAACAAGGCAAUCGAGUGUGGCGUAGCCAAUGUGCUUUGCGUUCCCCUUUGACCCCUCCGUACCGCCGCCACCCCCGUCACAGCAACAACGCACACGGACACGGAUACGGAUACUAGUACCAAUACCAGCGCACUUCAGCACGUCCGACAAAGAAAAAUAGCGCUCUCUCUUCCUCUUUGUACAGUUAGUUCCUACAGCUGAAUCAGCUAAAAAAAGGAAUUAGCAGCGUAUCCAGUGGAGCAGAUUGCAUGUGAAACACGGAGCAGAUACCACACAACCCCCACCCACCCCCUGGAAAAAUGAGUCUCCUGGCCACGCCAAUGCCCGCGGCGGCCACCGCCUCAUCCUCCACGUCCGCCUCGGCCAGCGGAAUUCCACCCAGUUCCAACAACAACCUGCCGUUCGAGAAGGACAAGAUCUGGUACUUCAGCAACGAUCAGCUGGCCAACUCCCCGAGCAGACGAUGUGGCAUCAAGGGCGACGAUGAGCUGCAGUACCGCCAGAUGACCGCCUACCUGAUCCAGGAGAUGGGGCAGCGUCUGCAGGUCUCGCAGCUGUGCAUCAACACGGCCAUCGUGUACAUGCACCGGUUCUACGCCUUCCACUCGUUCACCCACUUUCAUCGGAAUUCCAUGGCGUCGGCGAGCCUCUUUCUGGCCGCCAAGGUGGAGGAGCAGCCGCGGAAGCUGGAGCAUGUUAUCCGGGCCGCCAACAAGUGCCUGCCGCCGACCACCGAGCAGAACUACGCCGAACUCGCCCAGGAGCUCGUCUUCAACGAGAACGUGCUGCUGCAGACGCUGGGCUUCGAUGUGGCCAUCGACCAUCCGCACACGCAUGUGGUGCGCACCUGCCAGCUGGUCAAAGCAUGCAAGGAUCUGGCGCAGACCUCGUACUUCUUGGCCUCAAACAGCCUGCAUCUGACUUCGAUGUGCCUGCAAUACCGCCCCACCGUGGUGGCCUGCUUCUGCAUUUACCUGGCCUGCAAGUGGUCCCGCUGGGAGAUCCCCCAGUCGACCGAGGGCAAGCACUGGUUCUACUACGUGGACAAGAGCGUCUCGCUGGACCUGCUGAAGCAGCUGACCGAUGAGUUCAUCGCCAUCUACGAGAAGAGUCCCGCCCGCCUCAAGUCCAAGCUCAACUCGAUCAAGGCGAUCGCCCAGGGAGCCAGCAACCGGACGGCCAACAGCAAGGACAAGCCGAAGGAGGACUGGAAGAUCACCGAGAUGAUGAAGGGCUAUCACUCGAACAUCACGCCUCCGCCGGAGCUCCUAAACGGCAACGACAAUCGGGAACGGGAGCGGGACAGAGAUCGGGACAGGGAGCGGGAGCGGGAUCAGUCGUCGCUGCUGCCGCCACCGGCGAUGGUGCCGCAACAGAGACGCCAGGACGGCAGCCACCAGCGCUCGUCCUCGGUAAGCGGAGUGCCCGGCAGCAGUUCCUCGUCGUCUUCCUCCAGUCACAAGUUGCCAAACUAUCCCGGUGGCAUGCCGCCCGAAGUGCAUCCAGAUCACAAGUCCAAGCAGCCGGGCUACAGCAAUCGCCUGCCCUCCAGUCACCAGCGUAGCAGUAGCAGCGGACUCGGCUCCUCGGGAAGCAGCAGUCAGCGCAGCAGUUCGUCCUCGUCGUCGUCGAGCCAGCAGCCCGGUCGACCGUCAAUGCCCGUAGACUAUCACAAAUCCUCGCGUGGCAUGCCGCCAGUAGGCGUGGGCAUGCCCCCGCACGGCAGCCACAAGAUGCCUUCGAGCUCCAAGCCUCAGCCGCCGCAGCAGCCGCCGGCUCCCCAUCCAUCCGCCUCCAACUCGUCUGCGCCGGGCAUGUCCUCCAAGGACAAGUCCCAGAGCAGCAAGAUGUAUCCGAACGCUCCGCCGCCUUACAGCAAUAGUGCCCCGCCCAACCCGCUGAUGUCGCGUGGCGGAUAUCCGGGCGCCAGCAACGGCUCCCAGCCACCGCCUCCGGCCGGAUACGGCGGGCAUCGCAGCAAAUCCGGCUCCACCGUCCAUGGCAUGCCGCCCUUCGAGCAGCAGCUGCCUUAUCUCCAGAGCCAGGGCUACGGCCACAUGCAGCAGCCCGGUCCGCAGCCCCAGCAGCAACAGUUGCCCCCGGAGGCGUCCCAGCACUCGUCGCAGUCCAAGAACUCGCUCUUUAGUCCCGAGUGGCCGGACAUCAAGAAGGAGCCCAUGGCGCAGUCGCAGCCACAGCCCUUCAACGGAUUGCUGCCACCGCCGGCGCCAUUGGGGCACGACUACAAGCUGAACAGCCAUCCGCGCGACAAGGAGAGCCCGAAGAAGGAGCGACUCACGCCCACCAAGAAGGACAAGCACCGUCCGGGAAUGCCGAUGGGCAACAGCAGCAGCGGAAGCAGUUCCUCAGUCUCGGGAUCGUCGAAACCGAUGCUGCCGCCCCACAAGAAGCAGCUGCCCCACGGCGGCGACCUGCUGGCCAAUCCCGGCGAGGGCGGCAGCCUCAAGCGGGCCAACGAGAUCUCGGGCAGCCAGUACGGUCUGAACAAGUUGGACGACUUGGACAGCAGUAGCAUGCCGCGCGAGAAGCUGCGCAAGUUGGACAACAGCAGUGGCCUGCCGUCUUAUCCGAGCUACGAGGAGAAGCACACGCCCUUGAACAUGUCCAACGGGAUCGAGACCACGCCGGAUCUUGUGCGCAGCCUGCUGAAGGAGAGCCUGUGUCCGUCUAACGCCUCGCUCCUCAAGCCGGAUGCCCUGACCAUGCCGGGUCUCAAGCCACCGGCCGAGCUGCUGGAGCCCAUGCCUGCGCCGUCGACAAUCAAGAAGGAACCGGGAGUGGCUCCCAUGACCAGUUUGGCUGGAGGCCCCGCUCCAAUGGAGCUGGAAGUGCCCACCAAGCUGGCCGGGGAGAUCAACAUCAAGGAGGAGAGCAGCAGCAAGUCCGAGAAGAAGAAGAAGAAGGACAAGCACAAACACAAGGAGAAGGACAAGUCGAAGGACAAGUCGGAGAAGGAGGAGCGCAAGAAGCACAAGAAGGACAAGCAGAAGGAUCGCAGCAGCAGCGGCGGCAGCAAGGACAGCUCGCUGGCCAACGAGCCCCUCAAGAUGGUGAUCAAGAACCCCAACGGCAGUCUCCAGUCGGGCGCCUCGGCCCCGCUCAAGCUCAAGAUCAGCAAGAACAAGGUGGAGCCGAGCAACUACUCGACAGCGUCUGGUUUGCCGGGAGCAGUUGGCUACGGAUUGCCUUCGGCGUCGGCUACCUCGACUUUGACCUCGGCAACCGGAGCAGUUGCCACUUCGGCGAUGCCGCCCUUCGGCUCUGGCGGUGGCUACAGCUCAUCCGGUGGCAGCAGCUCCGGCGGCAGCAGCAAGAAGAAGCACAGCGAUCGCGACCGCGACAAGGAGAGCAAGAAGAGCAAGAGCCAGGAUUACGCGAAGUACAAUGGAGCCGGCGGCGGGAUCUUCGCUCCGCUCGGCGGUGCUGGCGCCGCACCCAACUUGGCCGGAAGCAUGGGCGCUCCGCUGGCCACCGCCGUGCCGCCAUCGAUGCUGUUGGCGCCCGGCAGCGGCGUACCGCCCUCCGUCGCCGGGCUGGCACCGCCCCCGCUGCCCGUCUACAACAAGAAGUAGUGUUAGCGGUCAGCGGGUUAGCCCCUAAGUCGAACUUUUUGAUAUAUGUAUAGAACCUCAGUAAGUCCGAUGGUAGGCUUAGGAUUGUUAGGAUUGUUGGUGAGAUGCAUUAUUGAUUCACUUUAGUUAAGCGCAUAGCUAAAACACUCUAAAUAGCGAGUCGAAUCCAGAGGCGAGAUGAUAAGAGAGAGAGAGAGAGAAGAAAAGAAAGGAAGGAGGAGAGAAGAUCGCGAUGGGGAUGGAUGUAAACGCAAAACUCAAAACGCGAAAACUUUUGUACAGCAUUAAUUAAUUUAUAAAUAUAAUAAAUAGCAUACAUAUACGCCCACAUAUAUACAAGAAACACAGUCUAGUUGUAAGCGAAUUGUUGGAAAACGGAAGCCGCUUCGCAGGCAGAAUAUUCACAGAGGAAGGAGAGCAGUAAUGGCCGUCUAGCAUUUAAGUUAGCAAAUCAAAUACAACAAAUACCCGUAACACUCACUGUAAGCUGUAUAUAGCCACUCACAGACACACAUGAACACACACUCACACAAAACGAGAGAUAAAUAGAACCGACUUCCGCUUAGCAAAUAUACUAAAUACGGCAACAACUAAUUGCAAGCCAGACAGAGUAAGAACUUCAGAAUAAUCCACACACGGAACACAUAGGCAGAAUAAGCAGAAAAGUUGUUGAAGAGCAGAGGAGAGGAGAGAAGAAAGAAAGCCAGCGCUUUGAUUCAAAAUUGAAGACGCCAAACUACAUGAUAAAUUAUUUAAUUAAUUAAACACAUAGUUGCUAAUCCGAAAGUGAAUGAGGAAGUUUAUCUUUUAGUUUAGUUAGCAAAGUUUUCUAUCCUUUUUGAACGAUUGCCCCGUUUACCAACCGAUUUCCGCAUUAGUUUUUCACCCCUAGCAAUAUAUAUACAAUACAGUAGCGUAUUUCCAAUGAAGAUAACUAAACAGAUCUGAUUGUUUCAGCGGAGGAUAUUAUUUUUCAAGAUCGCCUGAAACGUUGACGUAUGUAGCUUUCAUUUGUUUUUAAUUUAUUUUUAAAUAGCAUUACGAAACGAAACAAAAAACCAAAACAAAAACAAACAAAAAACUCCUUUUACAAAAACGAAUUAUGCAAACAAAACAAAAACAAAAAAAUCCCCAAAACAAAAUUUUGAAUAAAACAAAAAUUGUUGUGCAAGAAAACAAAAAGGUUUAAAAUUAUGUAAAUGCAAAUGAAAACGUUGCAAGCAAACUAAGCUAAACGAACGAAACACUAACAAACUGCUAGAAGAAGAAAAACAAAAGUUAGGCAUAUAGAAACUAAGCCAGAUCUAUAUUAUUCGACGAGGCGAAAAUGAGAAUGAAAUGAAAUUUUAUGUAAUUUUCGACUAAGGCAAAGGUUAAGCGAACGUCGCGCGUUUUUCAAAACUAUUCGUACUCGUAUUCGAUUUCUCUACUACUGCAUUAAGCUGCAAGCAUAUAUAGCUCUAAACACACACCACACAUCCAUAAAUACACCCCACACAAUCGUGAAACAUUUACUUUAAGUUGGGAACCCGAGAAACCCGUUUCUCUAAUCGAUCCAUCGAUCGUACGAAUGCGUAAUUUGCAUCUAAGAUUUAGAUUUUCUUUUACACACUUAUUCUUGGCAACCCCUAACCACACCCCACCCCGCCCCAUCCAAGCCCAUCUCCGCCCUCGCCAACGCCCCCUCCUAACUUAGGUUUUGUACAUACUUAGAAAGCAAAUGGAAAACCCGCCGCUCGGGCGGCGUGCAAGUGUCGGGUUUCAUUGGGAUUAUUAGAUUGUGCGUUCGAAUGUGAACACUCGACACUUGCCCGCCCCACGAGGGCACGAAUAAAAAUCUUCAAAACCAGGCAAAAAUCCUAAACAAAAAACAAUAAAAACGCAAAAAAUAAACAACAAAAAAAUCAGGAAAAAAUUAAA